UGGAAGGGGAAGGUGUGUUUUGAGAUUCGUCUAAACUUAAUCAAUGUGUACUAUUAGUGAUAGUGAUCAAAUUAGUGACUGUGAUGAUGAUAUGUAAUGUAAUGCAGAAUAAUCAACGCAGUGGCGAGUUGUAGUAACAAUUCACCUGACAGCCAUAGCUGCUCUGAUGAUGGUCACCAUGGCCACGGGGAUAUCAUACUCGUACGAGAAGCUGCACGGCGCCAUUGAGAUUGUGACACCAGAUAUGGAAUUUGUGAUCCGCUUCCCGUCUGUCAUACAAUGCGCAGCCAGGGCCUCCUUACAUCAGUCGGUAUACUUUGGCACCAAGAUCUACCUCGACGGCUUCAAGUGCUUCUUGUCAUCUCCCGGAGCCUCCGCCACUUCUCUGCAGAACACGACGAAUCCUGACGACAUUGUAUGGGCAAAAGCUGGUGGAACAUCUACCUCUUCAACAACAGCUGCCCCUGGUCCUGCAGCUGGAGGUCUGUGCACAGCUUGCAACCCUGCAGACUCAAGUACUUGGGGCAUAAUACCCGGGCAAGUGGGUUGUUCGUCUUUCAACAUGUGCAGUGCCAACGGAGUGACUACCCAGAUGUGCGCGGCGACCCUCGUCAUGAGCGACACUGGAAACUGUAAUUUCCCUUCUGCGGUUAACCAAGCUUGUCAGUGCUAGGACCAUUUCACGGUUCAUAGCUGUUGCGUACAAAUGAAGUAUCAAGUCUAUUUACACCCAAGUUAAGAUUCUGCAGAUAAGUAAGGACGAUUCUUAAGCAAAGAACAGCUAAAAAAAUUUCUGGUUUUAUUUAUGAAGUUCAAAGUUUUACUGGUAAACUGAUUUAUCAGUCGGUAAAAAAAAAAGCUCUGUAAAAUUCUGAGUCUUUCAUUUGAGGAAUAUUCCUAAACUGUAGAACUUAAUUCAUGUUAAUUUCUAAUGAAGAAUUCUUAUUGGUCAGUGUUUGCAAACUAGCGCAGGCGCAUUUGAUGUGAUGAAUAUUAUAAAUCACA